AUGCCCGAGAAUCUAUCGUUACAGGUGAGCGGAGUCUUCCAACAAUCCAGAGAUGGACGCAUAGCUGCAGGCUUCGGCUGGUCAGGGCUCCUGGAAAGAGCCAGACUGACAUCUCAUGAUCAGGUCGAUGACCUCAACCGUCGAUUCACCUUUCCCUCCAACCAUUUCGACCUUGUUCACUCGAGUCUCGUUGCGACUGGCAUCAACAGAGCCAGAUGGCCGUCCUACCUCGCAGACAUCAGAAGAGUCUUGAAGCCAGGCGGAUGGGUACAGUUGAUCGAAAUAUACUUCAACGUCCAAUCGGACAACGGUUCGAUAACCGAGGAACAUGCUCUGAGACGAUGGAGCAGACAGUUCAUGAGGUCAUACGAGGGAACAAAGGAUCUGCGUGUAGGAACACGGUUGAACACUCUUCUUCGGGAUGGAGGUUUCGAAGAAAUUGACGCGAGAAUGAUUCCUCUUCCUCUUUCGGCGUGGUCCAAUGACCGUAGAAUGCAACAAAUCGGCAUGCUCAAUCGAGAGAAUGUCAAUAAUCUCCUUCCAUCAUUGGCACUGUAUCCAUUGACUCAGAUUUCCGGCAUGCCUCAGCAAGAUUUCCAGGACCUCAUUACUCAAGCACGACGAGAGGCGGAAACAGCGAGCCUGAAGGCGUACUUUCCCUUGUAA